AUGUCCUUUGAAAAGAGCCGUUCUUCCUCAAUGCGCUUUGGGGGCUUUAGCCAGAAUCUUACCCUAGCUUGUCCUCAUUUCUGGGACACUGUCAUUGUAGUGAUUGGAGUCAAGCCCUAUACACAUCCAAGAACAGAGUAUAGGAGUGGAAGGUGUUCAGCGAACGUCGGAACACCCGGGUUUGCGGUCUGGGCUCGGGGUUCGAGGGUGGUGUGGGGACGUUGCGUGGCCGCGGAGGAGGUGCCGCAAGGCCUGGUCGUCGUUAUUCGCAGGGCUUUGGCGGGCGGGAGCGGCUCUCACCUCGGGCCUGGGCUCCCGCCGCCUCGGGCCCAGGCCCCGCCGCCCCGCAAGCAGCUCCUCGUGCUGGCGACGCCCCCCUUCCCGGUGCCCAUGGAGCCUGAUGGGCGCCCCAGUCACCAGGUCCCGCGUUUGUCCCACAAAGCUUCCAGAGAAGGUCGCCCGCGGAGCAGAUGCUGUACGUUCUGUCGUCAGUGGCUGAGACCAGAGAAGUGUACGAAAGAACAGAUCCUGGAGUUGCUAGUCCUUGAACGGUUCCUGAUUGUCCUUCCCCGGGAGAUCCAGAUCUGGGUUAGACAGCAGCAUCCAGAGAGUGGAGAGGAGGCAGUAGCCCUGGUGGAAGACUUGCAGAAAGCACCUGGAAGACAGGGCCUGCAGGCGGUGGUGAAGAGCUCACAGCCAGAACCAGAGGAACAGUUGAACUGCAGCCCCAAAGUAGAACUCCAAAUCUUCCACAAGAGCGCCCUGCCUGAUCCUCGGGCUCUGCACAUUUCUUCAGAGAAGAGCAGUGGUCACCAGGGGACGACAAGCAGCUCCCAGGAGCUAGUGACAUUUGGUGAAGUAGCCAUGUAUAUCUCCCUGGAGGCACAGAGGCAACAGGAACCUGGACAGAAGAACCACCUAGAAGUAACUUGGCAGGAUUCUGCAAAUGGGCUCUCACUAGAACCUCCAGUUCCCCAGCACGAUGGGGUCACCAAGCUGCAGAAAAGGGAACAGCUUCAGCAUGGCCAUCUCUGGGACUUCAAGGAGACUCAGAACACUCCCUGUGCAGGCGAGAAAUGGGUGGAAGCCAGUAUUUCAGCAACAAGGUCAGCUCUGGAAUUCCAUACCUGGACAGGCCUGCACUAGGCACAGACUAGAAGAGGAACCCAGGCUCUUAGCAUUCCCAAUUUAUUGUUCUGUGGUGCUGAAUGCACAGGAGUUGAGAAAAGAGCAGAGGAGUGGGUGGCACCCAGGAAGGUCUGUUCCCCUAAGUUUGAACCUUAGUUACCUUUAAAAAGGAUAUAACUGAAUUAUGACUAUUUAUGAUUUUCCCCUUAAAUUUCUAUCUGAAUUUUAACUACAACUAAUUAUUACUUAACAAGAUUAAUAGAAAAAGUGAGCAUGGAAAACUCCAAAUUGAAACUGUAGUAAAUCUUAGGUUAUUGGAAGCAUGUUUAGAUGAGCUCCCCUCCCUGGUGAGCUGUCAUUUUGUUGGAAUUUUAGGGGAUCUGAUAAACAGUAUUCUUCUUCCCCUGCCCAGAUUUCAGACCAACUGAGAGAGACAGAGACAUAAGUGUUAGACGGUGAGAUCAAAAUGGCAGGUUUAUAACUGGUAGGGAGGGCUGUUGAACAUGACUUCGGUAUGUGACCACAGUGGGCUUCCUAAUACUGAACCCAAUAAUUGAGCAGAUUGACCCACCCAGUCAUCACAGGCAGCCCUUGGACAAACCUGCAGGGACAGAGCCUUUAAACCUUAUAUUUUCAGCUCCUCAUUAAUCUAAGAAGUCAUUUCUCCCACUUAUUGGUAAGGGGAUAGAGAAAGGCUAGGAGAGUUACUCUAUGGAAUGUCACACUACCUGAGGGCAGCAUCAGGAAGAAAAAAGGAGGCCAUUUAGUGUUAAUUGCCAGUCCAUAAGGGGUGGGCAGAGAGGAGAGACUGAGUGUGGGACAGAGCCUCUGAGGAAAGUUGAGCCACUCUGACUGAAGAGGAGUGGCCUAGAGCCUGCCUUCUACCUUCCCAGACUUUCUGUAUAUGACCUUUUGUUUAGGAGCUGGAGAUGUGCUGGUCUUAACUGUGGGUCAGCCACAUUCCAAUAAAUUUGUUCCUGGCUCGUGAAAA